AUGACCUUCUUUUUAAACCAUGGUCAACAUUCAGUGGUCGUUGACAUUACCUGCGACAUCUUCUAUCGACAUGCGAAGAUUUUAUCUAAAUCGGAGAGGGAUAUACUUAAUUUUAUUUGUCGUAGCUGUUACUCUCUCUCUCUCACAUUUUCUCAUUCACUAUCUUUCACACUCUCUCUAACUCUGUCUCUCUCACUCCUUUUCUCUCUAAUUCUCCCUCUCUUUCUCUCUCUCUCACACUCACUCACUUUCUCUCUCUCACUCACUUUCUCUCUCAUUCUCACACUCUUUCUCUCUCUCCCACUCACUCUCUUUCUUUCUCUCCCCACUUUCUCACGCACUCUCUUUCAAAGGCUCUCUCACUCUCUCUAUCUCUCUCACUAUAUUACUCACUUUCUCUCUGAUUCGCACUCUCCCUCACUCACUCUCUCUCAAUCAUUUUCUCUCUCACUCUCACUCUUACUCUCUCACACUCACUCACUUUCUCUCUCUCCCACCUUUUCAUUCACUCUCUUUCACACUCUUUCUCACUCUCUGUCUUUCUCUCUCACUCUCUCACUCAAUCACUUUCUUUCUCACUCUCACUCUUACUCUCUCACUCUCACUCACUUUCUCUCUCUCCAACCUUUUCAUUCACUCUCUUUCACACUCUUUCUCACUCUCUGUCUUUCUCUCUCACUCAAUUUCUCACUCUCUAGCUCUCUCUCACUCACUCACUCUCUUUCUCUCUCUCUCUUACUCACCCUCUCCCACACCUUAUUUCACACUCCCUUUCUCUCUCUCUAUCUUUCUGUUUCUUCAUUGUUUUCCAUAUCUCGCAUUUUUAUUCUCUUAACGGACAUCUAUAAACUAAUACUCUUUUUUCUUCAUUUCUCCUUCCAUUUUUCUUUCUUUUUGAAUGUCCUUCUUUCAAAAAUUUACUUUCGUCAAUCCUUUAAUUUUUUAUCUUCUAAUGUCUUGUUUGUUUCUUCCUUCUUUCCUUGGCUUUUUCUUCAUUUCUUUUUUCCUUCCAUUCUUUCUCAACCUCGACUUUGCUUUUUCCUUUCUACAAUUUUCCUUCUUCCCAACUUUCUUAAUUUUUUUCUGAUAUCCCUCUUUCCUUCAAUCCUUCCUUCGCUUUUUUCUUUUGUUUUUUUUCAUUCGCUUUUUUCCUUUCGCUUAUUCGCAUUUUUCCUUAGCGUUUUUCUUUCGCCUUUUCCUCGCGUUUUUCGGUCGCUUUUUUUCAUUCGAUUUCUUUGUUUCGAUUUCUUUCUUUCGCUUUUUCUUUCAAUUUUUAUUCUCUUUCUUUCUCUCGCUUUUUCGUUCAUUUUUUAUUCGCUUUCUUUCGCUUUUUCUUUCAUUUUUUAUUCGCUUUCUUUCUUUCGCUUUUUCUUUCGCUUUGUUUUAUUCGCUUUCUUUCUUUCGCUUUUUCUUUCAUUUUUUAUUCGCUUUCUUUCGCUUUUUCUUUCAUUUUUUAUUCGCUUUCUUUCUUUCGCUUUUUCUUUCGCUUUGUUUUAUUCGCUUUUUUCCUUCGCUUUAUUUAUUUGCUUUCUCUCUUUCGCUUUAUUCAUUCGCUUUUACUUUUUCUUUCGCUUUCUUUCAUUCGCUUUUUUCUUUUUUCCAUUCUCCUUCGUUUUUCUUCAUUCUCUUCUUCAUCCACCUUUUUUCUUUCUUUUCAUCUCUCCUUUUUUUUCUCGGUCUUUCUCUCUCCCUCUCUCUGUCUUUCUCUCUCUUUCUCUCUCUCCCUCUCUCCCGCUCUCUCUCUCUCUCUCUCUUUUUCUCUUUCUUUACCUCUUUUCUCUACUCAUUCUUAAUUGA